AUGGUAGUGCCUUUUUAUGGGCCUGACCCACCUGUAUGGACUCAAUGCCGCGUUUGCAAGUCAUAUCCGGCCCAUGUCCUAUCGGGCCUCCUCAGUAUUGGAGGAGGCAAAAGCGUCGGUGUUAAAAUCCUUUUAAAGUUUCUUGCUAAUUAUAAUGAGGAUGUUAAAUCAGUAGCAUUAAAGAAUGCUCCUGAAAAUCUUAAGUUAACCUCACCUGAUAUUCAAAAGGAUAUUGUGAAUGCUGCUGCCAUUGAAACUAUUAGUGUUAUUAUUAGUGAUAUUGGAGAUGAACUAUUUUCUAUCAUGAUUGAUGAAUCUCGUGACAUAUCAACAAAGGAACAAAUGGCUGUUGUAUUUCAUUAUGUGGAUAUGGAUGGUGAUGUAAUUAAACAUUUUAUAGGUGUGGAACAUGUUACAAGUACCACUGCUCUUUCACUUAAGAUGGCAAUUGAUGAACUAUUUUGUAGGCAUGAACUAAGUAUAACUAGAUUGCACGGCAAUGAUAUGAUGGAGCUAUUGGCUCUUGUGAAAGUUACAAAAAGUCAUGUUGAUAUCACUACUUUUUUUAGCUAUGUUGCUAAUGUGGUCAAUGUUGUUAGGGCUUCAUGUAAACGUUGUAAUAUUCUUCAUGAAAAACAAGCUACCAUGGUUAUUGAAGCACUCAACAAUGGUGAAAUUGAAAGUGGACGGGGUCUUAAUCAGAAUACUACUUUGAAGCGUGCUAGUGAUACACAUUGGGGCUCUCACUAUGAUACUUUAAUCAGCUUGAUUUCCAUGUUCUCAUCUGUUAUUGAUGUGCUUGAGAUAAUUAUAGAUGAUGGAUCAUAUGUUGAACAGAGAUCUGAAGCAAAAAUUUUAUUGACACUCAUGCAGUCAUUCAGUUUUGUCUUUACUCUCUAUUUAAUGAGAGCUAUUUUGGGAGUUACAAAUGAAUUGUCAAAGGCACUGCAAAAGAAAAAUCAAGACAUUGAAAAUGCUAUGUCCUUGAUUAAAGUAUACAAGAAAGAACUUCAAAUAAUAAGAGAGAGUGGUUGGGAUUCUUUACUCGAUCAAGUUUCUUCUUUUUAUGAAAAACAUGGUAUUGAAGUUCCCAACUUGAAUGAUACACUUGUAACUCCAGGACGAUCACGACGUAAAGCUAAUGAAAUCACAAAUUUGCAUUAUUAUCAUGUGCAAUUUUUCUAUGCUGUGUUGGACAUCCAACUUCAAGAGCUGAAUAGUCGUUUCAGUGAGUCAAACACUGAGUUGCUUAUUUGUAUAUCGUGUUUGUGUCCAGAUGAUUCAUUCGCUUCUUUUGACAAGGAAAAACUAAUCCGACUUGCUAAAUUUUAUCCAAGAGAUUUUGCUUCGUUAGACCUCCUGAAACUUGGUGAUCAACUUAACACUUAUAUUAUUGACAUGUGCUCUAACAAGGAGUUUUCAAAUUUAAAAGGAAUUGGUGAUCUUGCUCGAAGAAUGGUUAAGACAAAAAGAGACAAGGCUUAUCCAUUAGUUUACUUGCUUUUGAAAUUGGCAUUGAUUUUGCCAGUUGCUACUGCCACAGUGGAGAGGGCUUUUUCUGCCAUGAAUAUUUUGAAAACUCGACUGCGCAAUCGAAUGGAAGACGAAUGGAUGAAUGAUAUGAUGGUUGUGUAUAUUGAGAGAGACAUAUUUAGUACUGUUAACAAUGAUGUUAUUAUUCAACGCUUUCAGAAUAUGAAAAAUCGUCGAGGGCAAUUGUGA